GUUUAUUCAAAAGUAGGAUCCACGCAGAUUGAUAGAUAGCGACAGUUUUUACGGCACCACAUCGAGCUCGACCGGCGCUGGAAGUGUCCAGUGGCAAGGAUAUCAUUAGUGCACCUACAUUCCGCCCUCCGUCUCUGCAGAUAAACCAAGGAAGGCCCGCACAUCUCACCUUAACAGCACCGCUUGAUGACGGAUCAGUCCAGCAACCGCGUUAAGAGGAUCAAAAGCAGACCGCAUCAUACAAGCACCGUUCAGGAUUCGGUGGACAUGUCCAGUUUCCAGACAUCGCCACAGGAUUUUGAAAUGAUGUCUUUAGAAAGGUCAGAUACCAUGCAGGGCCUCACUAGCCCCAAUCCCGAGCAAAGAUUCACAAUCAGUGGCCUCAAUCCCUCGGACCCGUUUGGAAGGACUUCGCAGGAUCAAUUUCACAAACCUACCAGUGGCACUGGGGCUAGGAGGGACGACGACAGUGCAGCAGCGGCUGCACCUUUACAAGACGAACAGAUGCACGGUCAACAUUCAAAGACGCAAGCAAGGUCAUUAUUAAGAAGCCCUACCACCAGCAAAUCAAAAUCCAAACGACCGAUGUCAUCAAAUAGAAAAGACCAGGACACCGGCGAUCAGGAUGAUUUUGAAAUCGAUGAAUCCAUACAGAAAUCCACCAUUAUGAUGAAAAGGCUGCGAUCCAAGUCUGAAAGCAAGAAGUUUGACAUUGAGUAUGGGCAAGGCCCAUAUGGACAAGUUCCAGUGUUCAAGAGGCAUUUACAGGACAGCCGAAAGGAUGGGUCAGCAAGUUCCGCAAGUAGCCAGCCGAGUUUUCCAUCAAACCAGAAUUUCUACCUUCCCCUGCAACCCGCACGAGAGGAUGGCGGGUGUGUAAUAUGCCAGCAGACAAAUGACAGCCCCGAGAACCUAAUAGUAUUGUGCGACAACUGCGACAGAGGUUUUCACCAACUCUGUUACAUGCCACCCAUCGAGAGCAAGUAUGUAGAAAUCGCGGACCUCGAAUGGACAUGCUACGCCUGUAGCCAACCGCUGAGCACCACGAGUUCCCAGGGCUUAUCUGCACUCACAGAGGACAUGUCAUUGACUGGCCAGCAGGUUCCGCAGGAUGUGAAAGAAAACUACCUCAGAUCUCUCUCGAAAUCGAAUCUCCUCAAACUCAUUGGCAGGAUUGAGUCCUCUUCCCCAUCUGUCAAACUAUACCCUUCCCGCCUUUCUUCGCCUACCACAUCACAUUCGGAGCAGCUCAUUUUUCCAACGACAUCCGUUACAGAGACAGCCGUUCCUCUUGAUCUGGCACAAACGCACACUCAAAACGCGGUACAGCAAAGUUCCCCACAUCAAGGAAUGCAGGGUAUUCGAGCUGAUUAUUUUGGUACGUUCGACAAGGAUUGCGCAACAGCUGUUCCAGACGCUCUAUAAAUCGCUUCGGUCUGACACUCAACUUCAUACCGCACUAGAUUCACUUGUCAAUCAAUUUCAGCCUAUGCAGAGUUCACCACUACCUAGCAUUCAAGAGACACCGACUAAUAACUUGCAGCGUACAGUCUUCAAUAAGACCACCCCGGCUCCGUCCAAUAACCUAGAGUCUCAAAAAGCGAGUGGUGCAGGCACUGCCAGUCAGCCAGGGACACCUAGUACUCCAAAAGCAUCGGGUCGUCAAACACCUGGAGCUUCCGGAACCGGAUCUACGGGACCGUACACUACCGUCAAAGCCCAAGAUCUACCUCCUUAUGAAGAGAUGAUCUUCAUGGCCAUUGCUGAUUUGAAGCAGGAAGGAGGAAGUGCACCCAAGGCGAUCCUGGACUGGGUUCAAGCGUAUGUGCAGUUCUUCCAAAGAACCCCCAGAGAAUAACAUACAUAAAAAAAAAAU